CACCCACACACACACUCCCCCAAAUCACUUAUGUUUGCCUUGGCUUAGUUUGCUGCUUCAGCAUGGCCGCCUUGACUGUUCAGACUUUGUGCAGGCUCAGUGUAACUAUAGUCUAAAGUGAUAUCAAAAUAGUGGAGAAAGUCAUCACUUCACCAGUGGUACGUCUGUUUAUUGUGUCGGUGUGAUGACUCUGUCUGGAUUCCUCUGGAUGUUGCCCCGCCUCCUCCCUGUCCAUCAUCCGGCUUCUAUUCUCACCAUUGGUGCUGUGGGAUACCUCGUCCCUAACCCCUCCCCCAUCUUCAUCUCAGUCGCCCUGGCCUCACUCGCCUGGUCCUGUCCACACUCUGCUCCCCUUUCAUUGACCCAACCCUGGAGUAGCCCUCUCUGUCUGCACCCAGAGAUGAACCGGCCUGCUAUCAGAUGGUCUGCUGCUGUUUGAUCUCAGAUGAAUCCCAUAGCAGACUUGCCCGGCGGGAAACAAUCGGUUCUGAUGUACCAUUAGCUAGUCACAAAGACAGAAACACAUUGGUAAUUGUUGCUCGUCUCUCCACAAAAAGUAGUUUGUGGUGAGUAGAAGUGAGAUUUUCGGGCUGGGUUGUCUGUUGUGUUUGACAGAGGCUGGGAGCGUUCCUGUCCUCGGGUUUAGAGCGGGGGUAUUUACACAUCCAUCUCUCCCUGAACAAGAGCACAUGAGGCUUUAUGAAGAACAAUACAGCGUGAACGCUUGAUGCUCUCACUGGAGGGCACUCUGCGGCAAUCCUUUCAUUUUUAUUUGUGCUGGUUGUGUGUAUUCCUCCUGUGAGUGUAUACGUACGUGUGUGUGUGUGUGUGUGUGCAUGUGUUGUACUGUAAGACAUCUUUUUCUGCCUUCCCAAGCUCACGUUACAUACAAUGGAAUUUGUAUGACGAUAGUGCCAAGAGGCAUAUUAAUUAUACAUCGAACAUCUUUUCUCUAGCUCUUUAUCCUGCCUUGGGAGAACAGUGUACUAUGCUGUAUAUUACCUUUGGGCAAGUGUUUCCAGGGUUCAAUACUGCCUGGCUAAUUAUCCACCUUUUAUUUAAGAGGUCCCUCAUCACCACAGCUCUCUCUCUCUCUUUCUCUCUCUCUCUCUCUCUCUCUCUCUCUCUCUCUCUCUCUCUCUCUCUCUCUCUCUCUCUCUCUCUCUCUCUCUCUCUCUCUCUCUCUCUCUCUCUCUCUCUCUCUCUCUCUCUCUCUCUCUCUCUCUCUCUCUCUAUUUCUAUAUAACUCUGGGAAAAAUUAUAGAAUAUACCUGCCUGUGUCAUUAGCAGAUACCUGUUUUGUCAAAGUUCAAUGGAAGGGCUAAAUGUAUCCACCAACUACUGUACAUGUUGAGUCUUUGUUAGUGCUAGAUCUGCAUUAGUUGUGUAAGCUGCUUGUUGUUUAGAGAGGUUGACGUGUCUCCUGUGGUACAGCCCUGUUCAAAUCUGUGGAUUCAGACGUGGUCUCUCUUAUCAAGAAGAGACCAUCAGAAAGGCACGCUGCCCUAUGACAUCAUGUAUGAAGCCCCCACAGCUUUACUUUACUCCAACUUCCCCCUCAGCCUCCCUUCCCUGACCGUGGUGUCGUGGUGUUUCUACUGUACUGGUCUGCACUGCAGCACUGUUGUGUUUCUCGUGCCCAGUUUCCAUUGUACAUAUUCUGCUUCCACGGAGCUUGCUGCUUUUGCUGUAGCAAAAUGUUACUGUUAAACAAAUGCAAAAUCUCUGAGUUUCGAACUGAGGACUCCUAGUUAUGGACCUGUCAAGGCUGUGUAGACCUAUUGACCACAUUGCAUCUCUCUGUUUGAGGGAGUCCACAUUGACUUUUCAGGUACUGCUCUGUUUGCUCAUCUCACUAUGUCUCUCUGGUUUCCUAUUGGUCGAUUCCCUCCCGUGGCGACCGGGUGUGUGUGCCGGCGGAGCGAGCGCCUUUCUCCCCGGGAGGCCGUUCUCAAACACACAGGCUCCUUCCUGCCUUGCAUGAAUAGGCGAGCCACACAGGGAUGCGCUCCUACAUUUACAAUAAGAACUCUGUGAUUGGCUCGCAGGCGGAGCACGGCGGGAUGCGGACGUACUAUUUCAGCGCAGACACCCAGGAGGACAUGAACGGCUGGAUCCGAGCCAUGAACCAGGCCGCGCUCAUGCAGAGUCACGCCGUCAAAAGGGAGGUAGAGAGACCAGAAAAGACCGUACAGCAGGCAGUCCCCCAGACCAAUCACGUCAACAACGUCAACAAGAGCUCCUCCCAGCUGGAGAGCUUCCAUAGGCCGGACCGAGAGGAGCCUCCGGACGAUGCCAUCCGAUUGGCCCACAGGCAGGAAGAGAAGUACACUCUGGACAGCUCGGGGAGGCCCGCGGAGGCCCAGGGGGACGGGCUGUCUCUGGACUCCGCCCCCGGCCCCUCCCACAGGAGCAGCCAGCCUCCUCCAGGCCAGGCAGCCCCUCCCCCAGACCAGAACGGGAACGUGGUGUAUAAGAGGGGCUUUGUCCCGCGGACGGACACAGAGAAACAGGUGCAGAGGAAGACGGCCCUGGCUCAGGUGGAGCACUGGGUCCACGUUCAGAAGAAAGACCCCAAGAGCCUCCCCACAGUAGAGUACAACCUCCCCAGGCGCACCCCUCCCCCGCAGCCCAAGGCCAGCGCCCCAGAGGCCUACCAGACGUUGCCAAAGACCCCCCGCGUCCCGUCGGCCGCCAGCUCCCCCCCGGCCCCCCGCGACCUGCCCAGCGACUACAAGUACGCCCACGACCGCCUCAGCCACUUCCGCAUGUCGACGGACGAGCGCGUGGCCACCAAGGAGGGCAUGGUGUGGCAGCUGUACGAGUGGCAGCAGCGGCAGCAGUUCCGCCACGGCAGCCCCACCGCCCCCAUCUACGGCGGGCCGGACUUCCUGGACACGGCCUCGUUCAGGGUGACCGUGGAGAUGCCUCGCUCCAUCUCCGUGCCCCCGUCCCCGUGUGAGGUGCCCCCGGCGGGGCCCGCCUUCAAGCCCCUCUCCCCCCGGAGACCCCACACCCCCUUGGACAGGGUGACGGUGCGCCCCCUGGAUGAGGUGGCUCCGGGAGACUCCACAGGCUCCAGUUCCCCCAGACAGGUCUGCCCACAGGUGUCUCAGACCGCUCAGAUGGACAGAAGGUCAAUUCCAACCAUGGGCUACAUCACACACACUGUCAGUGCACCCAGCCUGCAUGGCAAAACGGCUGAUGAUACUUACAUACAACUGAAGAAGGACCUGGAGUAUCUAGAUCUGAAGAUCAGACGUAUCGACCCGUUGGUCAUUAACGUACACAAUGUGUUAGAAAACUCCACUCCGUGUUUUGGGGUCAGUUGGAAUGUUACUGGACGUGAAACUGUAAAAGACAGGCCUACAAGACCUGUUAAAAUAGCAGAGAGCGAUGCUGAUGUGAAGCUAAGUCGACUGUGUGAACAAGACAAGAUCCUACAGGAGCUGGAGGCCAGGAUACGAACCCUGAAGGAAGACAAGGACAAGCUGGAAGAGGUCCUGGACGUGUCCCACCAGCAGAUGGAGCAGUACCAGGACCAGCCGGCCCACGCUGAGAAGAUCGCCUACCAGCAGAGGCUGCUGCAGGAGGACGUGGUGCACAUCCGAGCUGAGAUCUCUCAGGUGUCCACGGAGAUGGAAAAUGCCUGGAACGAGUACAGCAAGCUGGAGAGAGAUGUGGACUGGCUGAGGUCAGCUCUGGAGGCUCAUAUGAACCGCACUGGUCUCACUCAGCAGGAGAAAGCGGAGGUGAGGAGAGAACUGUGGCGAAUCGAGGAUGUGAUCGCUGGCCUCAGCUCCAGUAAAGCCAACUACCAGGUCACCAUAUCCUCUGUGACCAACCCAGGUGAGAGGAGGCCCGUGCCUGCUCCUACCCACACGCACGGGGGCGCUGACCAAGAGAGGAAACUCGUGCCUUCAGCAUUGUCCUCGUCCACCGUGCCUUCCCUGUCCGGGAGUCCGUCUGUGGGUGAGAUGAGACGAUCCCAGCUGCCCAGCUCCAGCCCCCACCUCAGCCCCAGCACCCCCACGCUGACCUCCAGCCCCAGCCAGGCGGCCCUGCAGCACACAGCAGCCCUCCCCAGGACCGGACCCAGAGUGGGUGAGGAGGACGUCCCCCCCAGGCCCCCCCUACCUCAGCUGUACAGUCCUGAGGAGAACCCCCCCGCCGUGCCCCCCCUGCCCAGAGAGACCACCGUCAUCAGACACACCUCUGUCAGAGGCCUCAAACGGCAGUCUGACGAGCGCAAGAGGGACAGGGAGAUAGGCCAGUGCAUUAAUGGAGACAAGGUGGAGCUGAGGCCCUUCCUCAGUGAGCCUGAGCUGGUGGGAGUGGGGGCGGUCUCUGGCCACAUGGGCGUGGCUGCGCUGGGUCACAGCGGGGGCUACCAGACACUACCGAGCAGAGGACCGUCUGGCUCCUCUGCAAGGCUAAAUCAGUCCACAAACAUCUCCUCGUACGUCACCCUCAGGAGAGGAGCCUCCGCAGCCUCAACCCUGAAGGAGAGACCAAAGAGUGCCUUGGAGCGCCUGUACUCCGGGGACCCGGUGCAGUCUCAGCUGAGGGGGAGGAUGAGCGCCGAGGAGCAGCUGGAGAGGAUGAAGAGGCACCAGAAGGCUCUGGUCCGCCAGCGCAAGCGCACCCUGAGCCAGGGCGACCGCCACGCCUCCUCUUCGGGCCGCGCCUCCUCUUCCUCGCGCCCGCUCUCCGCCGACCUGGGCUCAUGGAGGAGAGAGCAAGAGUUUGACCUGCAGCUGCUGGAGCGGGCGGUGCAGGGCGAGGAGGCGCGGGGCGUGGUCCAGGGGGAGGAGAGGCCGCGCUCCCACUCGGACGAGUGGCUGACCUUCCGCUCGGCGACCACACCGACCCGCGAGGUGGACUUGGAGCCCCUGGAGUACGAUCUGGACCUCAACAAAGAGCUGUCCAAGCCUCAGAAGGUGUGUAUCCCAGAGCGUUACAUCGACUCGGAGCCUGAGGAGCCCCUGAGCCCUCAGGAGUUGGAGGAACGCCAUCGCAAGGUGGAGCGAAUCAAGAGCAUCCUAGCCAAGUCCAGCGUCCAGAACCUAGCUCCUCCUGUGACCGUGUCAAAGCCAGAGCUGGUGAACCUGAACUCGGCCUUGAAGCAGCAGGAGAGGAUUAUCACCAUGUCUUAUGCACUGGCCUCAGAGGCCUCCCUCAAGAGCAAACAGGUGGCAGUGCCACUUCAGGCUAACUUCCCCAACAUGCCUCCUCCUCCUCCACCACCUCCUCUUCCUCCUCCUCUUCCUCCUCCUCUUCCUCCUGUGUCUCAGGCUCCCCCCCCUCCUCCUCCUCCUCUAAGCAAUGGAUUUCACUACACGUUUGUCUAACCGCAGCGGAAAAAAAACAAAACAAACCAAAGCAGUUUCUGGACACUGAGGUGUUAUUCAAGAAGACAACGCCCAACCCAACCUGGAGUCUUGAAGACAGACUGAGAGAAAGAAAGAAAAAGGGACACCUUUUGUUUCUGAGAGUUACACCGUUCAAACCAUAGAGGAUCGCUAGCUAACUAACUAAUCUGCACUCAGUGUCACACGCAGUAUUGACUUGGUAAUACAUUUGUAAUAGCUCAAAAGAAGUAACUAUUUUCCUGAGGAAAUUGAGAUAUUUUGCUGUGGAUGCUGCUGUGCAUACUAACUCGGAGUUGUGUAACAAAGGUUAAUACUGUAAUAGAAAAAAAGUUUUAUACUUGUUAUUGCACUUUUAACAAACUGUAUCGAAGUGAGGAAUUGAAAGUGAUAUUUUUGAGAUGAAGGGGAUGUUUUGCUUUGACUUGCAGUGCGGUCUGAAUUGGAAAACUUGUAUUUUUUGGAAGAGAGAUGUAAAACUUGUUCACCAACCGGAUGGUCCUAAUGAAUAUGUGGUACUAAACACGUGUCAUGUUGAUUGUAUUUUUGUCAAAGCUCAGAUGAAUUUCUUACACCAAAUAACUUGAAAUAUGAUGUUCAUGUUUAUCUAGCACUGCCAGUCUCUUAUUAGCUUGCCAAAUGAACUUUAUUUUUGCUUACAACAUCCAGAAGAAAAUAACCUUUAACUUAAUAUUUUCUGGAUCAAUUUGGCAGGUUGCACAAUGAGUAUUUCUAAAUGUAAAUAUUAAAGAUAUUAACAUGGUA